AGUAAAUUCAGAGAGAAAAUUAAGGGAAGUUUGACGAAAAUAAAACAGAAACCUCAAGCUAUUUUUUGUUCAUCUAAGUCAUGGCGUUCCGGUUGGUUACAUGCGCCAGUCGACGCCUUCGAUCUACAAUUUGCGCUCAAUUCAUCCCCAGAGAGGCGAGGACCAAUGGAAAUCGAUUGGGUUACAAGUACAAGUGGGCGGAGACAGAAUUUAUAUCGGAGUCAGAGGCAAAGCCUGAUUUUUUGAGGUAUAACAGAGAGUUUGGGAUGUUUGGUGCAUAUUUGUUUGAAGACGAUGGCAGCAUCACCAGGUCACCCAAAUAUAACAAAUAUCUUCCCUCCUUUAAAAUGGAAUUGGAAGAAGAUGAAGAUCCUUUCUUAUUCUGGACUAGUUGUGAUGGUCUAAUUUAUCUUCGUUAUCCGAAGGGGAAACAUGUCCUUUGGAACCCCACAACGCACGAGUAUAAAAUCCUCCCCGAGCCCUAUGCGCACCCCUCCCGCUGCCUUUCUUAUUUAGUUGUAGCAUCGGGAAUGUGGCAUGACCAUACAUCUCAAGAUUACAUAGUGGUUAAUCUUGUUCGUACUUAUAUGUUGCUGGGAACUAAAACAGACUCCUCUCAUUUCAUUCACUUGUAUUCACUCAAAACUAAUUCAUGGAAGAUAAUACCGUGCCCAUGCCCUCAUUGCUUUGGUUUUGGUACAACUUGUGUUUGCCUUUCGGGGAUUUUGUACUUUACAGCAAUUCGAGCUAUCCGUUCUUUUGACAUUUCUACUCAAACCUUUUCUAACAUACCCUUGCCUAAGGGUUGCCGCUCCUACCAUGAACCUCACAUUCUAGAGUAUAAAGGGUUAUUAAGUGUUGUAUACUCGAAAGAUGCAGCUUGUCAUGUACUUAGGGAAUAUCAACUUUGGGCUAUGCACGAUGGAUUGUGGACAAGAGAAUCUGUUUUCCAUACUCGUGGUGUUCGGAAGCCUUUAUGGUUUUCAAAGGAUGGUAAGCUAUUGUAUUUUCUAAGCCGGACUCGUGACAUGGUGGUGUUUGAUUGUGCCACUGGAAAGUCGAAGCAUCUCGGUGUGGAUAGCCCGUCAGACUUUGAUACAGGGAUGAUUCCGUUUGUUGAGAACUUUGUUCAACUCAAUGGAAUUUCAUGUAUUGAGGAGUCGAGAAAUAAUAUCAAAUCAGAAGUAAACCCAGCGUGUUCCUCCUCCUCCUCGUCGACUCCUAUUUUUUGUUCACUUAAGGAUGGCAUGGCUUUCCGCUUGGUUACAUCCGCCACUCGACAACUUCCUCUAUGCAACCGUGUUCGAUCUGCCAUUUCCUUUUCAGGGUCCAGAGCUCAAUUGGCUCCCAGAGUGGAGGUGAAUACGAGAAUUGAAGGUGCCCCGCCUAUGAGGAAUAAUGGAAAUGAAUUGGGCCGUGAGAAUGGUCCCAUCGUAUCCGAGACAACAUUGUCUUCAUGCGACAUUUUCCCUAAGCCUAAGCCUAAGCCUAAGCCGGACAUUUUUGUCAACUAUCGGGAUUCUUAUCGUAAUAAAUAUCAGAAUGAGGAAUAUUUUGUUGCAUUUUCCCUUAAAGAGGAUGACACCAUCUCACCCAAAUAUUUCAUAUAUCCUCCCUCUUUUCCAACUGUAGAUUAUGUCUUCACUGGAGCUAGUUGUAAUGGCGUGCUUCAUUUUCAUGAUGGAGAUUUUCAUCGUAGGGGAUCGGUUGGUCAAGCUCUUUGGAACCCGACAACGGGUGGGUAUAAAAUCUUGCCUAAGUCCUCUGUAGAACUCCGUCCUCAUAGUAGUCAUGAAUUUGAUAUAAAUGGAGUGUGGUCUGACCAUAGAUUUGAAGAUUACAAAGUGUUGAAUAUUGUUCGUGCUAAUGAAAGAGGUGGUCGGUUACCCGAGGACGUCAGUUAUUACAUUGACUUGUAUUCGCUCAAACUUAAUUCCUGGAGGAGAAUACCAUGCCCUGACUUUAAGUACUGUGGUUAUGAAUCUGUCUGCGUAGCUGGGGUUUUUUAUUGCAGAGCAUCUCUAAAUAAGACUGGAGUUAUCCUUUCCUUUGAUUUUAAUACUGAAACCCUAUCCACUUUAUCCUUACCUAACAAAAAUUGCAACAGGCAUUAUUUUCUAGACUAUAAAGGGUUGUUAAGUGUUCUUGCAUGCUGGUGGGAUGAAGAUUUAGAUGAUGAAAUACCUUGGAAAUAUGAACUUUGGAUUAGGAGCGCUGGAUCGUGGACAAGAGAAUCUAUUUUCCAUGUUCAUGGUGUUUCCAAGCCGUUAUGGUUUUCGCAGGAUGGUAAGCUAUUGUAUUUUGCAAGCGUGGAUGAUGAGUUAGUCAUGUUUGAUCGUUCCACUGGAAAGUUGAACCAUCUUGGUGUCGAUUGCUGGAUGUCAAAGGUGAUUCCAUUUUUUGAAAGCUUUGUUCAACUCAAUUGAAUUUGAAAUUCCUUUUGAUUGUUGCCUCAGACUCAUUCUCAAUGCCUUGCUUUGGACA